AUGCUGACCCGCCUGUUCAGCGAGCCCGGCCUUCUCUCGGACGUGCCCAAGUUCGCCAGCUGGGGCGACGGCGACGACGACGAGCCGAGAAGCGACAAGGGCGACGCGCCACCGCAGCCACCUCCGGCUCCCGGGUCGGGGGCUCCAGGACCCGCUCGGGCCUCCAAGCCAGUGUCCCUUCGUGGAGAAGAGGUCCCCGAAGCCGCGUUGGCCGAAGUCAAGGAGGAAGGCGAGCUGGGUGGUGAGGAGGAGGAGGAAGAGGAGGAGGAGGAAGGGUUGGACGAAGCGGAAGGCGAGCGGCCCAAGAAGCGCGGGCCGAAGAAACGCAAGAUGACCAAGGCGCGUCUGGAGCGCUCCAAGCUGCGGCGACAGAAGGCCAACGCGCGGGAGCGCAACCGCAUGCACGACCUGAACGCCGCGCUGGACAACCUGCGCAAGGUGGUACCCUGCUACUCCAAGACGCAGAAGCUGUCCAAGAUCGAGACGCUGCGCCUGGCCAAGAACUACAUCUGGGCUCUCUCGGAGAUCUUGCGCUCCGGAAAGCGGCCGGAUCUGGUGUCCUACGUGCAGACUCUGUGCAAGGGGCUGUCGCAACCCACCACAAAUCUGGUGGCUGGCUGCCUGCAGCUCAACUCUCGUAACUUCCUCACAGAGCAGGGCUGGGCGGUGCGCGGGGGCGUCCACUCCGAGAAUCUCUUGUCUUACGAUAUGCACCUUCACCACGACCGGGGCCCCAUGUACGAGGAGCUCAACGCGUUUUUCCAUAACUGA